GUUCGCAUCUUUAGAAACGCUCCUAAUUCGCAUCUCGAUUAUCCGACUUUAAAUGGAAUGAUGAAGAAAUUUUUAGUUUUAGCGUUAAUUUUUGUAAUUAAUCGUGUUGAUGGUUUUGGUGCGGAUCCGAAAAAAAUUGAUAACACUAUUAGAAGUUUGCAUGGCGAAACUGUUGAGCUAGUCGACAUGUGGUCUAACGAAAUAGGCGAGAAACUCACUGAAUUAAGCAUGACAAUGACUAGACCAGACAGAGUUAAAGAGAGUUUUAGACAUUUGCACAAGCACCUUUACAAAAUAGAUGGGAGUUUGAUGGUAGAAGACAUUGCCAGAGACAUUACAAGUUUCAUGCAACUGAAAGUGGAAGCAGUACAAAGAAUAGCAGAAUACGCAGAAUUUUUGUCCUAUCAUCGAAUAGAUGAUGCAGAGUACAAAAACGAGACGCGAUAUAAAUAUUUUUACUUUGACACGGAUAAUUUGCAAUACACUGACGAGAACAUUGCAAGAUCAAUGGAAAUUUCAGAGGAUGUGUUUACUUUGGAAUGCCAUUGGUGGUGUACCCAAAAACACUUACCAGCCCUAAGUGAUAAUAUUUUUACUCCAGAUAAGCUUAAGGAAUUAUUUCAUAAACGCGAAACUUACGAAAAUGAAGAAAUGUCUUGUGACUGUGAUAAUCUCAAGGAUGCCUUGCGCACAAACGAUAGCUAUUUGGAAUUGCCUUUGGCAGACGAUCCACAUUUUAAUGUAAAAGUUAAUUUUAAUACGAGCGUGGUUAAAGUUGCUACUAAUAUAUGGGAGAGAGAUAUGUCUGUUCUGGAAGGCAUCCGCUGGUCUGAACCAUUGGAUCUGGUUUUUAAGAAAAAUCUUAUAAACGAUUCUGAGCUCACUUGGCAAUAUUUUGCCAGCCCUAAUGGGUUUAUGAGGCAUUAUCCCGCUGUAAAAUGGUCCCACGAACAGUAUGACCAAACUUAUGACUUCAGAACCAGAUCCUGGUACACUGAAGCGAUGACAUCCCCAAAGGAUAUCAUUAUCUUAAUAGACAGAUCUGGUUCCAUGAAAGGAAUGAAAAAGAAACUCACGCACCACAUUGUUAACGAUAUACUUGACACACUAAACGAUAACGAUUUUGUUAAUAUUUACACUUUUAACAACGUUACGUCACCGCUGGUUGAUUGUUUCAACGACACCCUUGUUCAGGCUAACGAAGAAAACUUGAGACUGUUUCGGGAAUAUUUGCCUGUAUAUGAUAUAGAAUAUGCUGCCAAUAUAACUGCCGGACUCGAAAAAGCUUUUCAAAUAUUGUACUUUUUUAGGCAAAAAAAGCUCAGUGCCAAUUGUAAUCAGGCUAUAAUGCUUAUAACAGAAGGAUUGGAUUAUCCGUAUAGCUUAGAAUUGUUUAAUGACACUAAUAGGUCCAAGGAUUUUCCAGUCAGGAUUUUCACUUAUUCCUUAAGUAAUGAAAAAGAGGAUGAAAAGCAUUUGGAGUUUAUUGCUUGUACAAAUAUGGGUUAUUACGUAAAUAUCACUCAGCAAGGUGACAUAAGGGAAAAAAUCUUGCAAUAUCUCAGAGUAAUGUCACGCCCUAUUAACUACAACUAUCAAAGACAAGAAAGGCAAUCUCCCAUAUGGAGUUACUUAUAUGUUGACUUGGCUGACCGUAGAUUGUCCAAUUGGUUGUGGACGAAAGAUGAAGGAAUUAGGCAAAGAGACGUUUUUCUUGACCACGUGAAACGUAGAAUCGAGAGGUUACAGCAAAAAUACACCAGUUUGAAUCAUAUGCUCCUCCAAGAGCACCACGAAUAUGAAGACUAUGAAAUAAAUAAAGUGUAUGAUUAUAUGACUACUGUCUCUUUACCGGUAUAUGGCAGAAGGCAGAAUGAGUAUAACUUGACUGGUGUAGCCGGUAUUGACGUGCCGAUAAAACUAUUUAGAGCAAGAAUUCCUCAUGAUAAAAUUGGAGUAAAUGGUUAUGCCUUUAUAAUAACUAAUAAUGGAUAUAUUUUAAUGCAUCCGGAGCAUAUCACUGAGUUUGAGUAUAUUUUAAAACCGACAUUCAACCGGGUGGAUAUUCUGGAAACGGAAAUACUGGACGACAAUAAUGAACCGAGAAUAUUUGGAGACGAUAUUGUUAGUCUAAGAGACCACAUGCUGAAGAAAACUGAGAAGAAGGUUACCUUAAAAAUGAAAUAUACGUUAGAUGAUAUGAAAAGAAUAAUCCGAACCACUCGUCAUUAUUAUUUUACGGAAAUUGGCCCUUUUACUCUAUGUAUCGUUCUACCUGAUGUUUAUGGGCACGUAAAAGUGAAUAGGUCGGCCACAAAAGCAUCCCAAAAGGAUCUGGAAACUGAUUAUAUAGUGGAACCUAAGGAUUGGACUAUUCAUCCUGAUUGGAUUUAUUGCAAGAAGUGUAAGAACAAAAAAGAGCCUCUGGACAAAUUAGCGCAUGCGUAUUACAAUGAAAAACUUCGGACACCGCUCUACGAUGAUCUUCUUCAUGACUUAGAAAAAACUGCAUGGUUCGAUGAUACUUCUGAUAUCAGUCAAAGCUUAAUAAGUAAAUACUUGGUACAUCAAGUGUUCCUUUCUACCAGCUCUGGUUUGACUAGAUGGAAAACAUUCAAUAAUGGAAUGUUCCAAAGUCCCAAUGGCCAACCUGAGUUUGCGAGCAACCGAUCAAUCGAUGAAGACUGGUAUCAAAGGGCUGUAGAGGAAAAUUUAAAAAAUGAAGAUAUGUUCAUAUAUUCAGUUCCGUUUGAGAUAUCUGUAUAUGAAAAUAAUACAAUGAUAAGAGGAACGAGAGCGAUCUUUGUUGAAAGGGACAAUAUGAAGUUUCCUGUGGCAGUUGUUGGUUUAGAGUUUAAUCAUCAAGCUAUGUACAGGUUGUACAACCAAAUUACUACUAAAUCAAUGGGGAAAAACAAGAUCACUUGUGAAUCGGAUUACUUGAAUUGCUUCAUAUUGGAUAAUAAUGCAUACAUAUUACUUAGUGACGAAAUUGAAUAUACUGGUCGGUUCAUUGGUGCUAUACGUCCAGAUAUUAUGUAUUAUUUGGUCAAGGAGAAGGUAUUUGAGCCAACACGAAUGUUUGAUUACCAAGCGACUUGCCAGUUUGAGCCACCAGAAGCUCCAGAUCCAACAGAUAUGAGAUGCUUUGUCAAUAAAACCGCUGAAAAGUUUCGAUCUGGUUCUCCAAGACAUCCCAAUUUCUAUAAACUGAUAUUGCAAAAUAUUCUUAAGCUAGUUAGAUGGCUAAUGAAUCUUAUAUAUCUAAGCUAUGAUUACGCUUUAUCACUAUCACCUGAUCAAAUAGUCAAAGAAGAAACUAUAACAUUUGCAAGACUUAAGGUGAACAAAACCGUACCUACUCCAUGUGAUCGGGAAAUGUGGCUAUUCACACUUAAAGAUCAAUUCAGAUCCACUUUUUAUGAAAAUACUGAAACUAAAUUUGAUUGUAAUUGGCCCUACGUGGUUAAGAAAAUACCGAAAACAAAUUUGUUAUUUCUGGCACUUUUUGUAAAAUGUCCGAUGACCACCUCGAACUCAUACUUGAAUUCACCAGAACCGACCCCGAUUUUAUAUUAUCAAAGGAACAAAACUGUUUCUUUGCCUUGUUAUAUCGCUACUAUGAACAACUAUACUAGGGAGGCUUAUAUGAAAUGCUAUAAAAGGGAUAGAAGGGAAGAUCGACUAAUUACAGCAGAUAAUCGAAGCUACUGCGGACACGUCUGGAACUAAAUGGCUGUCAUCUAAAUAACUCAAUUCUAAUUAGUAUUAUAUUGCUAAAUAUGUAAUUUAUUGAGCGUUAAAUUGGUGCCUUUUAUGAAUAAUUUAUUUGUU